AUGAUGAAGGCGAAUUUGCUUCAUGGUCGUCGAUCCCGAGUACGGAACAACAAGAAGAAAAAGAAGAAAGAUAAGCAAUUUAAUAAUGAGGAUGAUGAUAGAAUCAGUGAAUUGCCAGAGGAUAUAAUGGUGAGGAUAGUUUCAUUGUUGCCGCUGAAAGAGGCAGCGGCUACAAGUAUCCUUUCCAAGCGAUGGCGCAACAUCUGGACCUUUACAACGAAUCUCGACUUCCAUGAUGAACAAACUGUCAACUACUUGUUUAAUUUACCAAGAGAAGAUUAUCAUACACUAAUCAACCACGCGAGGCUAAAAUACAUCGACGGAGUAAAUAGAGUAAUUACAAAGCUCAGCAGCAAAACCAACAACACGUUGGUAGGCGGCCUCAUCAAUCGGUUUAGGAUCAAUUUCGAUCUGUGUCGUAGCUUUUCAUAUUCCAUUGAUAAUUGGAUUGAGUUUGCUAUGAAAAACAGAGUUCAAGUUCUUGAGUUGCUGUUUUAUAGAUAUGGUGGCCUUGCAAGAAUGCCCGACAGCUUGUAUACUCUUGGCAAAAAUCACUUUGAUCCCAAGACUCUUAAGUCCCUCAGAGUUCUUAACUUAGCAUCCGUUGACAUCAGUGGAGAGGUUUUGGAGUGGUUGUUGUCUAAUUGUCCUCUUCUUGAACGAUUACAAGUUGCUGGUUCUGACGGUAAUUUGGUCAAUUUAAGGAUUCUGGGAGUGCCUUUGAAGCAUUUAGAGAUUCGGGGAUGUUGUAUCAGAAAGCUUGAAAUCCUUGAUGCUCAAAACCUUGUUUCAUUACACAUCCAAACCACUUAUUGUUUUCGUACAUUCGUCUUGAAGAAUGUACCUAAGCUUGUUGACCUAUUCUUUGAUAUCAAUUUCAGUCUGGACGGCGAACAUCUUGGCCGUAACUUCUCCUUACUUUCAUCUUGUCUCUCUCAGCUGCAGAUUCUCCACCUAGAUCUUAGUAUAUACAAACAUUUAAGGAAUGUCGUAUAUCCUGUCUUAUCAAAUCUCAAGCAGCUGAAGUUGAUAUUUGGUGCAACUAAAAAUCUCACUAGCUUGCUUUCUGUAAUUAUUUCUUUUCUCAAUGCGUCUCCUCGCUUGCAGAGACUUGAGUUAAUGAUGCUGUCGCAGAAAUAUUAUGAUCAAAUGCGUAGAUUUAAAAUUGAACCAACAAAUUGCCCUCUCAAAGAAGUGGAAAUAUUAGGCUAUUCAGGUAGUCCAACUCACGAUCAACUUAUCAUGUACCUUGCAGAGAAUUUGGUUGCAUUACAGAAAAUCAUUGUCCAUCCUUCUGAAUUUGAUAUCAACCAAGUCUUCAAACUAAACAAGGAUGACAAAACCAUAAGGGAGGAAGAGAAGGUCAGAGAUCAUGCUAUGCAACAUAUUAAACAAGAGAUUCCUACUACUAUAGAAUUCGUUUGCCUUUAA